UUUCGCGCGGGCGUGGCCUUUGCAUCUCGAUAGACGUGAACCGAAUUUGAAACCGAUACCUUGUGUGAAUUCACUACUCGAAAAAUCGAGAACCGCAAGACAUCAUGGCGCAAACACAACCGCAGCAGUUUUCUCAGUCCUUCUCGCCCCCGGGCUCUUCGCCCUCCCCGGGUGCAACUUCCCCAGUGAAUGGUGGCGUCCCUCCACCUAUUAAACGACAACAUCUCUCACCUCUCCCACAAUCACCCUACGCUUCACCGAGCUUUGGAACGCUACAACUACCUCAGAAUCAACCAAUACCCGUAAAUGGAGCGAAUCUGAACGGUGUGGGCCCACAGACGCCUGCCCCCCCACCUCCAGGCACGAUGGGACCUCCUUCUCGACCAGCAGACAAAGCGACGGAUGCCGCAGAGCUUACAGAUGUUUUGGCCUCAUCCGGUAUUGAUGUUAGGGAGGAAGAAGCGUUUCUUACCAGCAGCUAUUCUGCCCCGGGCGCUCAGGUGCAGCAGCCUCCUAGACCCCAACAACCUCUUCCACAACAGCAACAACAACAGCAGCAGCAACAGCAACAGCAAACACAACCUCCACUGAAUACGUCGUUUACGUCUCAAGCCUCGACGGUAUCCACACAACCGAGCUUCACCGAACCCUCACCAUACAAACCAUCAACAACUCAAGAAUCAUUCUAUUCUGAGCCACCACCACCAGCAUCUCUUCCGUUCAAAGAUCCUAAUGAACCAACGCGAGAAGAUAGCGAAGCGGCUAGACGUGCUCAGUACCACCUGCAAGAGCCGUUCUUGUUGACUAAGGUUCUAGAGCAAAAGUUGCAAAGACGUGGCUUCGAGCUUGGCGUUCGUAUACCUGCCGAAGGCUUGUUCCAUCCAGUACCAGGCCGUCCACAGCCGAUUGAAGUUACUGGUCCAGACGGAUCAUCUGUUGUACGUACCGGGCAGACUAUUCUAAAUCAAGAAGGAGCGCCCUUGGUGGACAUACUGAAUUUGAUGUCGAUAUCUUGUGAGGAGCGGUUGCGUGCCGUUGUCGACUACUCUUCCACUCUUGCACGAAGUCGGCGGGCACACUCACAUGGGGUCGUUCCUGUUGAAUGGAAAGAUAUGGCUCUUUCGUCUGGCAUGCCUAAUGGGACUGGAGCAGGUGACAAAACACCUCCACUCAAACGAUCUCAUUCAGCAACUGAGCAGCCAGCGACGAAAUCACUAGCUGAAAAGUACCGUGUACUCAUGGAAAGGGAUAAUUCCAGCGAAGAGAACCGGGCUGCCAAACGUGCUAAGCGCAGCGCGAGUGCCAUUCUAGGCGAAGGUGGGAUGGUCAGAGCCGAAUCUGUAGAUAUUCCUGCUUCCGGUGCCUCCACACCGAUCGCAGAGAAAGCUCCGAUUCUCGACAAGAAGGGAAUCUCCAAGAAGGAAGCCAAGAAACUCAUGGAUGCGAAGGCAAGCGAGGCUCAGCAACAUCAACAAUCCGUGGAAACCGCGCGACUCGCCACCAAUAGUAUGCUCUCAGGUCGGAUGUUUGGAACGAAGAAGUCGUACUCUUGGUUGAAUCGGGGGCCUGCAGCCGCCAGCAGUGGCUUCUCUACCCCGUCUCGUGUCAGCACAGCGACCCCAAGUGGUGCCAGUCCUGAGAAACCUGGGCGUGAAACGGCUGCCGCACCCACCAAGCGGCUUGGAGCUUGGCGGGAGGAUAAGGAUAAGGGCUCGGGAGUUCAGGUUCGAGAUAUCUUAUUCAUGCUCGAGUUGGAUGGCAGGGGCUCCCGACACGUGCAGAAAGCUUAUUCCAGGGAUCUGAAAGAAGACCGAUUAGAUUGAAUGGGCCUUCCUUCUCUUUAAAAUGUACUGUUGAUGCUACUCGACUUCG